AUGGACCUGAAGUGGAAUCCUGGCAGCACUUCUCACCCAGCCUCAGCUGCCCUCCAGGUGACUGAUUGCAGCUGGCCAGACACCCUAGAUCCCAGCCCCCUGCUGAGAGAUGAGGGAGAGCUGCUCCUGGAGGAAUACCUUUCUCCCAGGAAGCUGAGAGCUCUGACAGGGGUGGAUGACCUGCAGGCAGUGACAGCCCUGGAGGUGCGAGUGGAUACCAGAGACAGCAGCUUGGGCAGCUUGGGUGCCUACCUCCCCAGCCUGAGAGAGCUGAAGUUGAAUGAUAGCCUGCUGGUGUCUGUGAGGGACCUUGGCACCACCUUGGCCCACCUCCAGGUCCUGUGGCUGGCUCGCUGUGGGCUCUCAGAUUUAGAUGGGAUCUCCUCCUGCAGCUCUCUAAAAGAACUCUACAUAGCCUACAACAACAUCUCUGACCUGAGCCAGCUGCCCUGGUUGGAUCACCUUGAGGUUUUGGACCUGGAAGGGAACAAUAUUGAGGACAUCAACCAGAUGCAGUACCUGAGACUCUGUGACAAGCUGAGGUGCCUGACAGUGGAGGGCAACCUCAUCUGUCUGAGGCCAACUGCAGAAUCUGCAGAGGAGCCAGGCUAUAACUACAGAGCUGCAAUCAGAAGGCUGAUUCCCCACUUGGAGUACUUGGAUGCAGCACCAGUGAGCCAGACUGAGGUCCUCCCUCCCAAGCCCACUCCUGAAGACUGGCUUCUCAUUGAGGAAACCAUCCAGGAAGGUGGUUUAGCUGGAGACACUUCAUGGCUGGGACUCAGCCAAGACAUCUGUGGGAAGGCCACCAAGGCCCUUGGUGCAAGGAGGCAAGAGCUAGGUCCCCCUGCAGUGAGAGCUUUGAAUCUGGGUGGUGUGAGGACAGAAAACCUUUCUGGCUCUGCCUCUGGCUCUGGCUGUGGCUCUGGAGGAGGAGGUCAGCAGCAGGAGGAUGAAUUCCCUGUCCCGGGAGCACAGACAGAGCAGCAGAAGCGGUGCCUGCAAACAGCUCAGCACACAAAAGCCACCCUAGGCACCAAGGUAACUCCUAGUGAUGAGGAGAAGAGUGGAGACUGCAAACUGACUGACAGCUGUGAAGAUGAGUUGAGGGAGAGCAGAGAUGAGGACCUUGUUGAAAGGAUUUCAUUGGAUUCUUCUGGUCCCUCCUGGCUCUGCCACACAUCCUCAGGUUCUGCCCUGGCUCAGGAGGCUGCAGUGUUCCCCAGCCUGAUCCCUUGUCUCAUUCCAUCCCCUCCCAAAAGCCCUUCACCUGCAUCUGUAACAGCAGCAAGGCCUUGGAAAAGGAGGAGCCACAGGGGAAGGUGCCUGAAACUACCCAGCCAGGAGGCCUGGCACUGGACACAGCCAUGCCAGCCAAGGGCUCAGCAGGAAGCUUCAGCCCAGCCUGUGGGCAAGGACCUUGCUCCCUUGAGCCAGCUCAGCUUGCAGGCAGCCUCCAGAGCUGCACCCAGCACCCACCAGCCACAGCCUGCCUCAGGGCUAGCAGCUGUUGGCUGCAGCACCAGGCCCACCAUGGAUGGGAGCCCUCCUGGAGAGACCACCCCCCAGCAGCCAGCUGUCUGCUCAGCCCCAGAAGCCUUGCAGAGGUCUGGGCUGCUGAGCACCAAUUGGCCCCUGACUGCCAGGGCCAAGCUGCCCUCCUUGCCUGCCAGACCUACAGCCUCAGCAUCUCAGAGCACACAGCCCCAGGCCUGGCAGCUGUGGAGCCUUGGGCACAGCUUAGCCUUCAAGGACUGA